GUCGGGUCCCCCCCGCUCCUCUGAGAGCUCGGGGCCGAGCGGCGCUCACAGACGCACCGCACGGUGCGCGAGGUUUGUUGUGCGGGCGGCCGGGACGAAGUUGCGAUGAGAGCCGCCGGACGCUGAUGACACGUCUGAGCGACAACAUGGAGAAGCAGGCCAGAUUACUGUCAUCGAAGCUCUAUCAGAGGCGCAGACAGGUAGAAGUUGUUCUGAAUCGCAGUGUUCUGGCGUGGAAGGAAAUUGAGAACAGCAAGAGAAGGAGCUCUGGCACCGGCAGCGACUCGGAGACAGCACUCAGCUAUGCUGUCCAGGUGUGUGAAAUAGUGGCUGUCUGCAAGACCAAGGACGAUGACCCAGACAGCACAGAGACCAGGAGGAGCCGGAAAACAGCAAAGCAGCUCUCCAAGCUGUAUCCACAUGCAUUCACAGUGUCCCACGUGAGAAGGACGAGGCAGCACCAGUGGCGGUGCAGUGAUGUCACCUUCCACUGUGCCAAUCAGGGGCUCUGUGAGCAGUGGGUCCAACUCAUCAAUGAGCAGCUGUCAUUACUCAGCAACCGACCGAAGAGCCUUCUGGUGUACAUCAAUCCCUACGGGGGAACGCGGUGCGGGAAGCGUAUUUACGAGCAGAAGGUGGCUCCACUGUUCCGCCGCGCCUGCAUCUCCGCCGACGUGAUUGUUACAGAGCGGGCCAAUCAUGCCAGGGACCACUUGAAAACAGAGGCCAAUCUAGAUAAAUAUGACGGGGUGGUGUGUGUGGGUGGAGAUGGGAUGUUCAGUGAGAUCCUGCACGGUUUGGUCACCAGGACCCAGACAAACAACGGCAUGGACCUGAACCAACCAGAUACCGAGCUGGUGCCGUGCUCUCUGCGCAUAGGGAUUAUUCCUGCAGGGUCCACUGAUUGUAUCUGUUUUGCCACAGUGGGAACCAAUGAUCCAGUUACUUCUGCUUUACACAUCAUUGUGGGUGAUUCCCAGCCGAUGGACGUGUGCUCGGUCCACCACGACGACGUCUUUCUCAGAUUCUCCGUCUCGUUGCUCGGCUACGGUUUCUAUGGCGAUGUGCUGACAGACAGCGAAAGGAAGAGAUGGCUGGGUCCGGCGAGAUAUGACCUGUCAGGGGUAAAAACCUUUCUGAGCCACAACUACUAUGAAGGCACCAUCUCUUUCCUGCCUGCUGAGAACAACACGGGGACCCCCAGGGACAAGCUGCAGUGCCGAUCCGGAUGCUGCGUCUGUCAGCACAAGCCCUCAUCAAAGGACAGCGAGCAGUGGGAGAUGUCAGAGGAGAAGGAAAAGUCAGACAAAGAUGGCAGCGGUGGUUGGAGAGUGAUACGUGGGAAGUUCAUCGCCAUCAACGCGGCCAGCAUGAGCUGCGCGUGUCCCCGGAGUCCUAAAGGCCUGUCGCCCUCCGCCCACCUCGCCGACGGCACCACAGACCUCAUCCUGGUCAGGAAGUGCUCCCGUCUGGACUUCUUCAGGCACCUGCUCCGACACACCAACAAGGACGACCAGUUUGACCACUCGUUUGUGGAGGUCCACCGCGUGAGGAAGUUUCACUUCCAGCCGCGGCACCAUGAGCGAGUCUCGCUGGAAGACCUGAGCGAGAGUCCAAAGAAGACAGGCUUCAGCCCCAUAUGCUCCGCCCGAACAACCUGCGACUACAGCACCGCCCACAGCAGCUGGACCUGCGACGGGGAGCUCCUGCCUCACACUGCCAUCCAAGUCAGUGUCCAGUGCCAGUUGAUCCGGCUGUUUGCCCGCGGUAUCGAGGAGCAGCAGCAGCAGUGUGUGUUUGAAGACCCUUGUACACUGUGGGCCCUGGAGCCAAGCACACACUAGUCAGCCGACUGAGAGCUGGACAGGACAUUUAGCUGCUGGACAGCAAAAAGCGAGUUGCACUUGGCAGGAAUUUUCUGCGUCACAUCAUUGACAUCCCAGACGCUGGCAUUCCAUCCCCCUUUGUGGCGUAUUCGCUUGAAAGAAACUUGCAGGAGUUCCUCUCUGUGCACGAGAAGUGAUGCGCUGUCACUUAAAGGUUUGGUUGAACAAACUCUCAUCAGCAGCCACUAAGAGGGGACAGACUGAAGUCUAAAGAGAAGUUACAUCUUAGUGUUUGUUGUUACUGAAAGUCUGUGAAAUUCAUUUAUCUGCUCCUUUCCAUAAAUUGCUUCAUACAACUUUAACUAAUCUAGAAUAUGAUAUGCUGCAGCCGCCAGUGCAAUCGCUGCCGCAUUCAAACCCAAAGUUCCAACCUUUUAAUUUAUCUGUACUUCAUGGAAAAUGUAGAUGUAGAAGCUGGGAGGAUCUCAACCCCGGUGUGGGUGUUCACACGGAUGAAACGGAGCCGAACCGGACCGAGCUGGAUAAUCGACCGCAGGUUUUCAACGCUGCCAUGAAGGAGAACGCUAAUAGCAUUCCUCCCUACGUAGCAAAGAGAGGCAGCCAAGGAGAUACUGCUUUGUGAGAAGGAUGAAGAAAAAGAAAAAAAUCUUGUGAAGUCCACCGAUAACCUGAAAGGACUUUCCAGGGCUUCACCAUCAAGAGGAAAAAAAAUAUUUCAUCUGUGACCCAGGUGAAAGCAGAUAUGAGCCAGGGGCACUAAUGAAAAGAGCUGAAUACCCUGCUAAUACACUAACAGGGCCCCGGUGGAUUCUGGGUAAUAAGGCAAAGUGGUUGCUAAGUGAUUUGGUGUGUCUCAGCACUGCUGCGCUGCACCUGUGGCUCUGAGCUCUGCUCCUCUGGCUGCAGACUACCGACAGUUCAGUCAUCACCUGGGAUGAGCCAGAAUUAUACAUUCUUAACUUAAUUAGAGAUUUUAGGCCUCUGAAAUCAGUCUCAUUAGCUCCUUUUAGUCCUAGUUCAAGGUGGACCGUCCAAGGAGCACUUUUAAAGUUUGCUAAAGGAUUUCUGUUGCCGCAUCUGCAUUAACAAAACUGCAUAAACCACUUACAUAUUAGUAUGUUUGGAAAAAUUCCGCGUGUGUGUAGGUUUAUGGUUGUUUUCCACAAACCUUCAGAGACAAUUGUGCAAUCGUGUGUGUGUGUGUGUGUGUGUUAAUGUGUUUGUGAAGGUGCCAAUGUGAUGAGCUGGCUCCAUUGCAAUUAGCCUCAUGACUGCCAUUUUGCAGAUGCUCUCUCAUCGCAGCCAACACACUGCUAACACAGGCGCCUAUAGGUCAGCAAAGACAAGGCACAAACACACACAUUCUUGCACUUGUAUCCUUAUGAAGACCUUCAUUGCCACUGUGCACUCCCUGAACUCCCCUUACCCUGAACCCAACCGUCAAAACAGAUGCAAAACCCGUCCUGAACCCUUACCCAGAAACCGAGUCCUCUGCAGGUCUGUUGUAAAGUCAAGACUGGCCGGAAUGUCUUCACUUUCCAAAAUGUCCUCACUUGGCAGCGAAAAGCAUCUUGUCCUGACCAUGCAGGAAGUCAAAGGACACACACACUUUUUUCCAUCUUUCUAUAUUGCCGUUUCUGAUGUUCAGUGUCUUUUGGUCUCACACACCUUCCUACAUGCACAGACACGCACACACUCCUUAACUUUUAACACCAUAAAAGCCUGUCCUUCUCCUUCUAAUCCUCUCCGACUCUGUUAAUACGCACUCUAGAUGUCUAUAAUGUUUCACCUUCAGCGUGCACUUUUGUCAGAUUACAGUAUGAUGUUCUUUCAAAGAGUCAGAUGCUUUUAAAUUAUCUAUCGUACACACACACAGACACGCACUCGCACACAUUGAAUUUCACACGCAGACGCGCAGUGGAAGUGAAGACGUGUUUUCAGAUGUGACCAAUCACAUUUGAAAGGCUAAAGAAUUUAGCAAGUUAUGACUGAGAAUACAAUCUCAACCUUUACGUUUGACUUCCCUUUAACUUUUGCCCCAGCAAGCUGUGAAAACUACCUUCCGCAUUACACCUUAUGUUACACAUACCACCUAGUGUUUUGCAGUUGCUUCUCAGCAAAAGUGUGUUUUAAAUUGCAGUCGGACUCGUUUGCAUUCAGUCUUGCUUUGCGCUCCGUAUUUAAGCAAACACAUAGAGCUGUGAUGUGGGUAAAUACCUGAUUCAUGUCAUGAAAAUGCUCAAUAAAGUCCUUUUGAAAACGUGCUUCUUUUUAUGUCCUUUG